AUGGCUAUGGAAACCACUCGCCGCCCGCUCCUCAAAUCCCUCGCCCACCGCGGCGUCGUCCAGGGCGUCACCAUCUCCACGCGGAAGAACAGAGACAGCCGCGAAUCGCAGGAUCUAUGUCACUUCUUCGGUGGUGUCCGCUACGCUCUGCCUCCCUCGCAGCGCUGGCGUCGCGCCCGUCCACUGCCCGCAUCGUUUGUCUACGGCAGCAGGGAUGCGCCGGGCCAAUGCGACGGCGGCGCGGGGUUAUGUCCGCAGCCUGGGUUUCUUAGUAUUGCGCCGGAGAACGAGGCGGCGUGGAACGAGGACUGUUUCCAGUGUAAUGUGUGGGUGCCGACGGGGGAGCCGCCGCGCGGAGGGUGGCCGGUGUUCAUGUUCAUUCAUGGUGGGUGGCUUCAGUUCGGCUCGCCUAAUACCUUUAAUGCGGCAGCGCUGCUGGGCGAGACGGAUUUCAAGUGCGUGGUUGUUAUGCCGGCGUACCGGCUGAAUUUGUUUGGGUUUCUUUACUCGGCGGAGCUCGGGCAGGAUGCUGCAACGGCUGGGGAGACAGUGGGCAAUCAUGGGUUCUGGGACCAGCGGCUGGCCAUGGAGUGGACGAAGGAGAAUAUCGCUCUGUUUGGAGGGAAUCUGGAUAAUAUCACCAUCUCUGGGUAUUCUGCAGGUGCCAACUCCGUCUUCCAUCAGUUGGCCUACGAUCUUCGCCAACCAGACGACAAGGCUAUCAUCCGCCAGGCAUGUAUCUGGUCCAAUGGGCCGGCGGUGCAGCCCAAGAAGCCCACCGAGUCUCAGAUUCAAUUCAAUCAGCUUCUUUCGGCGCUGGGAAUUCCAUCCGCGCUGUCUGCAUCCGAGAAGAUUACUCGCCUGCGCUCGACGCCAGCCAAGCAACUCUUGGACGCGGCCAAGACAAUCGAGGUGCAUCAAUUCCGGCCCACGACUGACACGGGCUUCAUCUUGCCGACACUGUUCGAGUCACUAGAUAAUGGCGAGUUCGCACGGCGGCUGCUGGCACGCAACGUGCGGCUGAUCCUCGGUGAAUGCCGUGACGAGCGGUUCCUAUACGGGGUCUGGUACCCACCAACGACAGACUCGCUGGAUGGACUGCGCACACGUCUGAUCGCCGACUACCCGGAACACAUCGUUGAUACCCUCCUCCCACUAUAUUACCCUGGUGGGCGUCUGCCGAGUGACUGCGAGGACUGGGCGUCGGACGCCUGGGGUAGAAUCUACGCAGACAUGCAGGUCUACCAGAUGCAGCGCGGGCUUAUUCAUGCUCUGACUUUCAACUCGGGCGGCGUCGAUGCAUCACACCUGCUGCACCGGUACCGCAUCGAGUUCCGGGCCCAGUGCGUCAGCCUGCCCGCCGAGUGGGGUGUCACGCACUCAUCGGACUAUGCAGUAUGGUUCUGGGGUAAUGGCGAAGUUCUCACUCCUGCCGAGAAGAAGAUCGUUCACGAGGCGUUUAUCGGCCCCCUUAGCCGCUUUGUCCAGGGCCCAAAUGCAGUUCAGCUAGAUGGGUUUGGCUGGGGUACGAGCGGGUACCAGGGUGUUCGUACGCUGACGAAAGAUGGGAAAGUCGAAAUCCGCGGCGAUGCGAAGUGGGACGAGGGCGUGGGAGUGUGGAAAGUAUUAAGCGAAGUCCGAAACGAGGCAGAGAGCCGCAGCAGGCUAUGA